GCACGGCUUGGAGGGCGGCCGGAUGGACAGUCGCCUCCCGGAAAACCGGAGAGGGGAAGGGGCUGUUUGUGUGUAUCUUCGGCCAGCAGCAAAAGAGUAAAACCACCCUCCCCGUAUUUUGGUCAGUCAGCUUGGAAAAUCUUCUCCCACCCUCUCCUCAUGUGCUUGCAUUUCUCUAAGGAGUAAAUGAAAACAAAGUGCUGGGUCAUAAUUAUGGACUAUGUUGCAAAGUUGUCAGACUCUAUUUACUUUCAGAACUCCGCCGCCUGCAGUAUGGGCAUAAUAACAUAGGAUAGCAUUGCAGGGCCGUUGCAAGCAAUUCUUGACUGUCUUCCUCACCACCUCCCCUUUCAGUAUAUUAACUAAUGAAAGAAUGGCUAAAGUUGCACAGAAGAUGGUUAAAGUCUAAAAUGUUUGAUCUAGAAUAAUAUAUGCAUUGCAUGAUAUGCUCAGAACGCAGAGUGCUAUCCAAAGAUGCUAGCUUUCUUGCUCAGUUGCCCAGCAAGAACAUUUACUGCUGCUUUCACUAUUGUACCCGUUAAGUUAAAAUAUUGGUGUCUCCUGAAGAAUUAAAUCAUUAGCAAAGCUAACUGUUGUCCAUGGCCUUUGGGAGGAAAAUAUCCCUUUCUCGAGUUGAAAAUCCUUGUUUUCUGCUUUUCUUGAUCAUCUUUCAAGCAAUAUUCAUCUUGAUAUUGUACCGAGGCAGCACUUCAGGUGCGUUUCAAAGUGACUCACAUGUUCCUAAGCAAUUGGACUAUUCAGUAGGAGAGGAUGUCUAUACAAAUCUCAGUUUGUUCACUCGUCUUCCUGAUAAUGCAACUAUGCCAGCCUGCACAUCUAAGUCAUCGAUACAUGUUGGACCCUUAACCAUCACCUUUGGCAAACUACCCAGUGAAAGAGCAAUCAUCCGCAAAAAUCCAUAUGUCCGGUCAGGUGGCUGCUAUAGCCCUCCCCACUGCCAGGCCAGUUACAAAACUGCUGUCAUUGUACCACACAGGAAUCGGGUGAGGCAAUUGCGUCACUUUCUCUAUUACCUUCAUCCUUUCCUCCAGCGUCAGCAGCUUAACUACUGUAUCUACUUAAUUCAUCAGGCUGGAAGCGGUCCAUUUAACAGAGCAAAGCUCCUUAAUGUUGGAGUCCGUGAGGCCUUGAAAGAUGAUGACUGGGACUGCCUCCUUCUGCAUAAUGUGGAUCUCAUUCCAAGGAAUGAUUAUAAUUACUAUGCCUGUAAUGAAAAUUACCCCAAACAUAUGGUCAUUGAAAUUGACAACUUACAGCAGAGUUCUAUUUUUCUCUGUAGCAUACCGCAUUGGUUCUUUGGUGGUGUAACUGCUUUGACCCCAGAGCAUUACAUGAAGAUAAAUGGGCUUCCAAACACCUUCUGGGACCGCACGGGUGAUGCUGAAGACAUCGCUGAAAGGAUUCGUAUAGUAGGAAUGACAGCACUACGAUCUGUGUUUGGACGUUAUAAAAAGGUGGGCAGUAGACAGGCGUCUUCCCCUGACCGGAACUUUGCAAGGUCUGCUAAACUGCAUACUAGAAAAACGUGGAAAGACGAUGGAAUGAAUUCUCUUGACUUUAAGCUCUUGUUAAAGAAGCAGCAUCCUCUUUAUACUAACAUUACUGUGGACAUUGGGGCUCCACCAGUGCUUCUGCCUCAGGACAGAAGAGAAGGAAAGAAAACUUGAGUUUAUAGCAGCAUCUGACCUUUUUGCCAGCGGUAUCGGUGUACAAGUUUGUGUGUCAGACUUGGAAGAAGCAUUUUCUCUUCUGUUAGCUAUGUUAAUAGUAAAGAAAAGAAAAUCAACAGGAAUGAAAGCAGAAGUGUUAGGUUUAUUGUAAAAAAGAAAAGAAAUUUCCGAACGGUGCAAUCUUCCAGCCAUAGGAAGCGGCAUUAAUGUGAGGUGUGUGUGCUGUCAGAGGCCCCCUGCUACAUCCAUGGAAAGCUUUACAAGUGUAAAUAUCCUGCCUACAGGAGAUUAAAAGAGGGCAUUCCAGGGAUGUGUUGGGAAUCUUAAGUCCAUCUUGAUCACUUAGCACACCCAUGAGAGAGGGCUCAAAACUAUCCCAGACCUAGAGCUGGCUUUGUAAUUUAACUCCCCUUGGAGCUAAUGGAAGGGAAAAUAAAAUCUCCCACCCGGGCUGCCACAAGCCAGCAGGGCUAAGAAAGGCAGUGGUUCUGCGAGAGAAUCUCUCCCCUGCAUAGGAUUGGUCUGUAAGUGUUGUAAAAUGCAAUGUCUACUGAACCUUGCACUUUUUCCUUCCUUGCACAAUUCUUGAAGAACAAAUACUGGACCAUGUAACCACUUAACACUGAUACUGGUACUUACCACUACUGUAUUUUCUCAGCACCUAUCUGAAAGUUAGGUAAAUGUGGAUAUUGAUGUGCUUCACUGGAAAAUCUAGUUUUCGUUUUGCACCAGUGUUAAGGCUUUAAUAUUACAUUUAAGUAUUAACUAUCUUUCAAAGUAUUACUUUUGUAAGGGUUGAUUUUUCAAUGAAUUCAAAUAAACUCUGUUGAGGGUCAGCAUUUUUCUGCUUGUAA